AUGUCGCAUACAAGUGGUAUCAAUCCCAUUAUCAGUAAACCACAAGAGCCACGCCAGCGACAAAUGAUUCCUCGUCGCAUCAAGGCAGCUUUACCUCGCUCAGAGAUUCGCCUUGAAAACAAUGAAUAUAGAGGCAUCCUUGUCGCCAUCAAUGAAAAUGUGGCGGAAAAUGUUAAUUUGAUUGAAAACUUGAAGGAAUUGUUCACCAAUGCAUCCCGUGAAAUGUACCAGGCAACCCAUAAUCGAGCUUACAUGAAAGAAAUAACUAUCUUGGUACCUAAGACAUGGAGUGAUGCUAUUACAAAUAUCGCAGCGUCAUCAGAAAUAUUUGACAGUGCAAAUAUUAUUGUAGACAAACCGAACGCUGAAUGGGGUGACAGUCCGUACACCAACCAGUUUGCACCAUGUGGUAAAGUACUUGUUCACGAGUGGGGACAUUUACGCUGGGGAUUGUUUGACGAGUAUGCCACCGAUGACAAAAGUCACUUCUACUUAAAUGAGGACAGAUACGUUGAGCCAACGAGAUGUUCUAGACAUGUGUCGGGGAUAGCAUUGAAUUCGGAUGACUUUACAAUCCAAUGCAAUCCUAAUCCAGAAAAAGGAGUUUUGCCAAAUAAAUGGUGUCGGUUUUACCCUGAACGUGAUGUAAAUAAGCAAAAGGCAACAGGCUCGUAUAUGCACAUGAAUUUCUUGGACACUGUCACAGAGUUCUGCCAUAGCAACGCCAGUGGCGACCCAUUUUCUUUACACAACAGCAUGGCACCAAAUCAACAAAAUAUCAAAUGUUCUCAAAGGAGUGCAUGGGAUGUUAUGUCACAGUCACCUGACUUUAUUGACGGCAAUAAUCCACCACGUUAUGUAUUGGACACAACACCAGACUUUAUUAUUGUAAAAACCUCCCCACUACGAAUUGUAUUUGUGCUCGAUAUUUCCGGUAGUAUGAGUUUCAAUAAUCGAAUUGGUAUUUUGGAAUCACUUGCUACCAAGUUCAUUAGGUACGUUGUUCCUGGUGGACAUUUCGUUGGAAUAGUCGAGUUUGAUUCGCACGCAACUGUAAAGUCAAAUCUAACAGAAAUUACGUCAUCCACCACACGAGAGUAUUUAGUAAGUCUAAUUCCGUCAUAUACCAGCGGCGCUACGUGUAUUGGAUGCGGGCUACUGAGCGGAAUACAGGUUUUGGAGUCAAAUGGACAAAGUGCUAGAGGUGGUAUUUUGUUACUCAUAAGUGACGGACAAGAAAAUGUUUCGCCUUACAUCAAUACCAUGAAACCGGAUUUGAUCAGCAAAGGUGUUGUUGUUGAUACUGUUGCGCUUAGCGGUAAUGCGGAGGAUAUGACCUAUUUAUCACUUGAUACACGUGGAAUAGCUUACUUGGAUUCUGAAAACGAGCAGUCUACUGCCCUCAACGAUGCAAUAACUGCAACUAUUACAACGCGAUUUGGAGGAAGUCAACCGGAUGGAAAUGUUAUCGAUGACACCUCAUCGGAUUAUACAAGUGAUGUUGAUAGAAAAUUAGUUGUGUUCACAAUUACUGGAUUAGCUAUGCCUGGAACGUGGUCUUACAACAUAACCUCGAACCAAUCACAGACGGUCGAAGUGGCGGUACAGUCAGAAGCUAGAGACGGCGUGGAACCAAUACAUAUUUUUACCAAGCUAAGUGACGUGGUCAUCACAGAGACACCCCCCAAGGCUGCCAUAUAUGUACAAGUUAACCAGGGUUACAGUCCUAUAUUGCACGCUAAUGUGAUCGCAACAGUGGAGAGACCAACGCCCCAUGCAUCAGUGCAAGUACAACUACUUGACAAUGGAGCAGGUACUGUAUUGGACUCUACAAAGAAUGAUGGUGUAUACUCCGGACUAUUCCUCGAGUUCGUCACGGCUACUUGUCCUAAUUGCAGGUAUAAUGUAAAAAUAAAAGUUGAAGCUCGGGAUGGGUUGGUAUCUAUACCAAUUUCAACAUCGAAUAAUGGGCAGGCUCUCUCAAUACGACCACCUGGACCAAAAGAAGAAAGCAAUAUUACGGUCCCUAUUGAUGAUUUCGAUCGUGUGGAUACUGGUGGUGCAAUCCAAGCUCCAGUAACUGUCAGUGAUGAUGAUGAAUUCCCACCAUCGAGAAUUACCGAUCUACGAGUCACUGAGACAUCGUAUGAUGACCAGACUGUUAAAUUAGAAUGGACGGCACCUGGCAAUGAUUUAGACAAAGGAGCAGCUGAUGGUUAUGACCUAAGAUACAGUAGAAACUUCACCACGUUUUCACAUGAGUUCAUGACCGGGGAAAAGUUAACUAAUAACCAUACCAUCGAAGGCAACCUAUCUUCGCCAAGUCUAUUCGGUAAGACGGAAACAGCGACUAUACAACUUCCAGCUACCCAUGAAAACAUAACAUAUUUUUUUGCAAUCCGUGCAUACGACAUUGCUAAUAAUACAGCUGCUCCUUCCAAUAUUAUAUCAACGGCCAUAGUCGUUGCAACACUAAGCGACGAUGAUUUUACAACAGAAAGCUAUGCUCCUACUACAGAAGGCAAUUUCGUUAUGAGUACUGAAGAUGACAUGGACGUUAUAGCUACGACUGGAACGGGAUCGGAAUCUUUAUCAACACCAGUCAUCGUUGCGGCGUCGGUUGGAGGGGCGUUAAUAUUGGCACUGAUUUGUAUAGGUGUCCUUGUAUUUGCUAAGUUUUUCUACACACGGCAAAAAUCGAUAAUUGCCCCUAAACAACCCAGAGAGUUGCAAAUGUCUUAUGAUAACACAGGUGUAUAA